GACUACUGGCUGUGCGGUGCACACCUCGCGUCGCGCCGGUGCCAUACAAGAUUACGCACUGCCGCUGCCAUGGCAAUGCAACUCGCCGUCCAAGCACUGGCCGCAAUCCUCCUCUUCGGCGCCCAGAGCAAACGCGCGACGACACCGCCCGGCGACGCCCGCCGGAGGCCAGCCGCAGCCACGGGCAGGCGGCGGCUGGCGGCGGCGCUCCUCGCGUCUCAGCUGCUGCUGCCCGCGCCGGCGGCACGCGCCGGGGCGUUCGACCUGAGGAUCACCGUGCCAGAGCAGUCCAGAGAGGAGGCCGAGGCCGUGGUGAAGGUCCACGCGAGGAACCUGGUGCGCGUCAAGGGGCUCAUCGACGCCAGGUCGUGGAGGGAGCUGCAGUCGGCGCUCCGGUCCAGCGCCUCCAACCUCAAGCAGGACCUCUACGCCAUCAUCCAGGCGAGCCCGGCGAGCCAGCGGCCGGAGCUCCGGAGGCUCUACUCCGACCUCUUCAACAGCGUGACCAGGCUAGACUAUGCGGCCAGAGACAAGGAUGAGCUCCAGGUUCAGGAAUACUACAGCAACAUAAUCACAAGCCUCGAAGAGAUAUUUUCCAAAAUCAUGUAGUGGCUGUCAAUUCAAUGCUCGUUU